AGUAAAUUUCUGGGAGUACUUUCCGUUAGGUUUCGUACUCUGAGUUUAUGGUCGUUUUUUCUCAAAAUAUAAUAAUGUCAAAUUUGAAAAUAGUAGAAAAAUAUAUCCUGUGUUAAAAGUAUAUGACAGAAUUAAAUAUCAUCAAGUGAAAUGUCUGUUCAGAUGGUAAAAGAUGUUGACAAUAUUGUUGAUAAUUUCAUUGUUGACAAAAAACAUACACCAAACAUUGAACCAUGUUUGAAAAAAAUUCAGGAUAUAUUUGGUGUGAAAGUUGAAUUCGAUAAUGUUGUUAAAAUAACAGGAGAAUCUGAGAAACAGUGGUUGAAAAUUACUGGUGGAAAAUGGGAUAAACAAAGUGCUAAGGAAUAUAUUAUUGGUUUAUGCAAUCCAGAAGAAACAUUGGUGUAUAAAUGCAGAAGGUCACUUCUACACGAUGAGUUGAUGAACAUUGAGAAGGACACCAAUGCUGUCAUUCAGUGCCUCAGUGACCGAGAGUUAAACAUAUCCGGAACACAGCUGGCCGUUACGCUUGCCCUGUCGGCGGUGGAAGAGCUAACGAACAACUCGACCAUCACACAGGAGAGCACAGACACGAACAACCACUCCGCAGUGAUGCGCGACUCUGCCGCCUCAGAGAGACUUCAAAGCACGCUACAGAGAGCUCUGACGGAGAUCGGCGACGGCAACUCGAAAUCUGAAGACUACCAGGCCGUGCCGGAUUCAGUGAAGCGCGUCAUCUUGGACUGUCUUUCCCACGAAGAUAUCAGUGAGGCAGACCUGUUUGAGUCCGAUGCAAGAGAGAUCAAUGUCAAAUGUUCUGCUGCAUCCCAUUUCAGUAGCAAAAACCAUCCUCAUCCUCAUCAUCACCACACGAGCAGUGGAGAUGCUUCGACGACGAAAACAGCUUACGCAUCCAGCCUGCUGGGGGGUCUGGAGACCGAUGGUGGGGCAGCUUUCCAGAAGUCGGAAGUGGCGGCGUUGUCUAGCAGAAAGGAGUGUGGUGACAAAAACAACUCGGGCGGUGACAAGAAUAAUUCUGAUCUGAAUUACCUUCGAAAGCUGGGACUCUCGGUGGGCUACUCCUGUGACGAGGUUGAGGAGGGACUCCUGCUGUUGAAUGACUCUGUGAAACCAGCAGACUACUUACACAUUUUGCAGAACAUUAAAGAAGAUAAAGAUAGAGCUGGAACAGCCGCCCCGGCACAGGUUGGCUCAAACAGCCCCGCAGCAAACAUUGUGUCCGAUGCAAUCGUCAUACCGGACUCAACAGAGAUGAAUAGUGAUCAUGAUGAUGAUGUGGUUUUCAUUAGUGAACACUUUAAGACUCCUUUGAAACCAGUGAAAACUAAAGGCAAAGUGGGAGGCCUGUCUUCAAUGGAGAAACAAGAGAUGAGCCUUAACCAGAAGGAACUGAAGGACCUCUACAAGAAGCAGCAGCAGCAGCAGCAGUCCACCACGGGGAACAAGUCGAAAGGGAAGAGAGACAAGAAAGUGCCACAGCACCAGGACCAGGGGAGUGCGGUGGGCCAGGCAAAGAGGACGAAGUCUCCACUGGGUGUGAAGAGAAAGCAGGUCGACAGCAGCGAUGACGACCAGACCUGUGUGAUGGAGGUCUGGCAGUUGGGUGACGUCGGCCAGUCGUCGCACCCACAGUCACAGCCUUGCGUGCCCAUCAAUCAGUCACAGCCUUACAUGCCCAUCAGUCAGUCACAGCCUUACGUGCACAUCAGUCAGGAUAACCUCAUUCCAGACUUGAUGGAGUUGUCGACUCAGUCUUCUAGACCUGUUUGCAAUGAGCGGCAGCCCAGAUAUAUUGUGGUGGAUGGCAGCAACGUGGCAAUGGAACACGGUAACGGUAGAGUGUUUUCCUGCCGUGGAAUUGAAAUAUGUGUGAACUACUUCUUAGCGCGUGGACACAAAGUAACGACCUUUGUUCCGCAGUGGCGAAAAUAUCGACCCAGCUUCUCCAACACCAUCGUUGACCAGGCAGUCCUUGACCGUCUCCACUCGAACGGCAACCUUGUUUUCACACCGUCAAGACGCAUUCAGGGGAAGACGAUAGCUUCUUAUGAUGAUAGGUAUGUUCUCUCAUUAGCCGAAAAGGAAGAUGGGAUCAUUGUGUCUAACGACCAGUACCGGGAUCUUAUGCAAGAGAAACAGAGUUGGUGUAAAAUUAUAGAAGAACGACUUCUGAUGUUUAACUUCGUCAAUGAUCACUUCAUGCCUCCCGAAGAUCCACUGGGUAGAAAUGGUCCACGUUUGGAUGAAUUUCUCACCAAGCCAGCUCCAGCCAGAAGGCCACCACAGCAGCAGCAGCAACCUGAACACCACUCCGCUAUGGCAGGGCUGUUACCCACGCCACCCAUGCCUAGAUUUCAGCAUCCAGCAGUGUUGGUGAAUCCCCAAGUGGUAGUUCAGCCGAACUGGCACAGAGACUACCCGAAGACGUACCAUCAGGACUGGCCGAGGAGGGACAACCAGCACAACCACGGGGUCCCCAUGGUCAAGGCCCCAAGACAGCGGAACACACCAAUCCGUCACCAGAUGGUCACAGAGCAGCUGUUUGAAGCACUGCGAAUAGUUUUCCCUGAGAUGGACCAGGAGGAGAAGAUACGCGAUGUCCUUAGAAAUCACAGCGCUGAAACGGACUUGAACAGGCUGACAAAUUACUGCAUGAGUGCUCUUUUUCCCUGAGUUAGUUCCCCUUUGGAAAGUUCUUCUUUGCAAUAUGAAGGAACAUAAUCUUGCUCUGUUAACACCCCUUUUUUGCCUUGGAAGAUGAUAGUAUGUGUCGAGGAGGAGACCCUUGCUGUACCCUGGAUUAGAAUCCAUCUCUUUUUGCACCAACACACAUUGAUCGGGAAGAUGGAAUAUUUGUAACCCUCUACACUGUGGUUAUUUAUGAUUUUUUUUAUUUACUUCCCUCCCUGUGGGUGAGCUCCGUUUUUUCUCUGACGACUACUCUGUUGUCAUGACAGUAUAAUUGAGCAGAUUAUUAACUUUCCGUUAUCCAUCGGUUUUGUUUCAGUUUAUGAUUUAAUUUGUGGUAAGUAUAUAUUUUAGGUACAGGUCUUCUGUGCUGACCGUCUCAGUGCUAGUGUUUUUUAUCAUUCCCACUAUCUUGUUUGUUUUGACAUAGGCAUAUAUUUUUGUUUGUUUCGUUCGUAUCUCUAACCCUUUUUUUUUUUUUUUUUUAAUCAUGUGCUAAGACUGGAACCAUGAUGGCUCCGCCACCAUUCUAAGUUCUGUCUGUACAGCACUUUAUUGGUGUAUUCUUUUGCUUACAAUGAAGGCGUCAUGUCAGAGGUAUGAAGAGAAUAUUAUGCGAAUGGUUAGUUCGCAUUAUGAGCUGAAUACAAAUGGAUCAUGAAAAUAAACGUAUCAUAAAAUUGUACGAUUAUGAUGAUGUAAAACAACAUUGGUUUUCAGUGACUGUGGAAGUCUUUUUCGGUGAUGUCAUUCUGUAUCGAACCCAAAAGUGAAAAAAGCCCAGUGUCAUCAUUUGCUGAAUAUGCAUGGAAUGUUUCUUCUGUGCUUGAUCGUCAUGAGUACUUAUAGUCGUAAACCAUUAGCAUACGUAAUGAUACUAAUUACCAUUUGUGAAACCUAACUGAAAGAAUACAUGUUCUCAUUGAUAAGAUGGAAGUAAUUUACAAUUAGAUUAACCAAGUAUUCUAUAAAACGUAUAUUGGCAUAUUUAUCUACAUAGGCAACUAAUCCAUUAGAUUCAUUAUUUUACUAUUGUGCACAAAAUCGGGAGAUUUAAUGGCGUGUAUAGAGGAUUUUUAUAGGGUGUAUCCCAUUUAAUUUGUUGGAAGACUAAAACAAGGAAUUGGUAUGUAGAGAUCUCAUUUAAUAUACAUGUAUCAUACUUCAUGACAUUGAGUGCCAUAAUGUGUCAACUUGCAUUAGAUGAUGUUUAUUAUUGUGUUGAGAUAUCAUUUAUUCAUUCAUUCAUUGCACAACUUUGUAUAUACUCGCUGUUAAUGAACCCAUCAUGUCUUGAUGAAACUUACUGAGAGAAAAAAAAGAAGAGUUCUUGAGUUCAUCGUUGAUCUGUCCUAUUCAUGUAUCAUCAUGAAAAUGAAAUUGGAGCAGGUGUUAAUCAUUAUAGACAUGAUUUGUAAAUUGUGAUUAUUUUUGUAUUUGUCGGGGUUCCAAGUUUCACAUGAAUAAGUUGUUCCAAUUCAUUUUCAAGGCAGAAGCCAGUGUUUCGAAUCCAGUGGUUCAAAUUUUGUAUUUUAAAUUUGAUGUUUUUAAACUCAUUGUUGAGCCUUGAUGUUAAUACCUUCUUUGUCAAAGAGAUAUCAUUUAAAAAGGAGUGAACAUUACAUGCUAAACAUCAUCAUUGCAGAUUUGGAGUUAUCUCUCCUUCUGAUACUUGCCAUUAAGAUACCUGUACGCUAAUGUUGAUUAGGUCCGUCCAACAGUUGUCAGGUAGUUUUAGAUAUCAUCUUUGAAAAGCUAAUAAUGUGAUAUGUAUAGUAAACAAAAUGGACCGUAACUGGUUACCAUGUAACAUGGCCUAGAUAUUACUGAUGAUGAAAGCGGUGACAGUACAUCAUUACAGAGAGCAGAAGCUGUAAAUGUUUAUUCUCAACUGUUUCUUGUGUCUUGCAAUCCAGUAUUGAGAUGCCACAUAUUGGUCAUGUAUAAACUCCAUUAUCCAGUAAAGAUGUAAAUGUUGUAAAUUGGUGUCAAAUUUGGUGCAUUGUACAUAUUCAUUCAACAGUUAAUUUAAAUGUCAUCUAAGAUGUUUUUUGUUUUUUUAAUGGCAGGCCUCUCCACUUGCAAAAAGCAGUUGAGCAAUCCUUUGCUCUCCUGAUAAUAAUUGCAGGUAAGAAAUUUCAAAUAAGGAUACCGCUUUCGGGGACAAUUUUUUAUUGCAACCAUUUCAUUUUGCAUGUCUGUUAACGCAACUUUAAAAUCCCACAAACUGCCAAUUGAUUACAUGGUGAACCAUUACCUGGUCUCAAAUUAAAGGUUGAAACCUUCAAAUGAUAACUAAUUUUAAUACAAGUUGAAGGUAACUGAUUUGGUUAACAUAAAUAAAAUUUGUGUAAUCAAACCGUAGAUUACCUAGAUAAGAAAUUGCAUGCACCGACUUCGAUUUACCUACUAAGAAAUUGAAAUAUUGUCUACUGUUCUAUACAAGAAGCAACAUAAAAAAAACAAAUGAUAAAACGAAACGAUGAAAGGUGAGUUAAAAUGCUGACUUCUUUCUGUCUUUUAGUGAGUACGAGGUGAGUGGGAGUAACUGCUCACCUGUUGUGGACAGGCCUGAGUAAUAGUUUGCUUUAACAUUAUUACUGUUCGUUUGAAGUGUUCUGUGUGCUACUUAGGCAUCACAAGAUGGCAGCAGUGGGGGUCGGGGUGGGGGUGGGGUUGAGCAGUUUUAUAUCAGUUUGCAUUUUAGCUGUGGGAAGAAACUAAUACUCCAGCUUCAGAAUUUGGGGGCCCAGACACUGCUAAUGUCUCUUUGCUUAAUAUUAACCAAAUAUGUUUGAGACAACUUAAACUUGUAAAUACCAUUUUUGUGUGAACUUUGAUCAUAUUUAACCACCAUAUGUACAGAUACAUCUAAUAGCUGUCAUCCACUAAGUUUAGGAGACUCCAAUACUGAGUGAUGAACUAGCUAAUAAAAUACAGAAACCCAUGAUUGAUGAAAUUCUUAAAAUGUGAAUGUUAUUAUGCUAGGAUUGUUUUAUUCCUGUCUUUCACUUGCACCUUCCAUUUGUUCGUCAGACAUUACAAGCUAGGGUAGUGUCAUUUUGAAGGAUUGUCAAUCUAUAAACAUUCAGUAAUCGUAAGUCUCAAUUUAUUAACUUUAUUUCCAUGUACUGUAUAUUUUGAAGUGUCAAAACGCAAAAGUUCUUUCUGGUGGAAUGGCAAAAACUAUCAAUAUGACAUAUUUCCACCAAAAUCAGUUUUAGUCUUGUCAUUUGUGUGAAAAAGAAGAACAUAAAGUACAACCUUUAAUGUUAUAUGUCACGUGUUCCCCCAAAUAUCGAUGAUCAGAAUAAGUAAUAGCAACAAAAAAAUGGAUGGUAUGUGGCUAUUUGCCCUGUUUUUCAAAUAUGAAAAAUAACAAACAUCUCUACAUCACGGAAUUUUCAAGUUUCAGGUAAGUAUUUAAAAACAAAAAAAACAAACCAAAAAACCCAACAACAAAUUUGUAUAUAUAUUUGAAUAAGUAUUUGCAUAAAGUGAAAAUGAAUAUGAUAAAAUGCAGAUAUCACUUAAUGCCCUCGUUAAGAAUUGAGGUCCAGGUUAUGCCUAUUUGUUCCUUAUUUUGAGAACAUUACAGCAGGAGACUACAUUGUAUUUAGCUGCUGUUGAGUGUAAACUGGAGGGUUGUAUUAAUAUGAUGCUUAGCUGCUGUUGAGUGUAAACUGGAGGGUUGUAUUAAUAUGAUGCUUAGCUGCUGUUGAGUGUAAACUGGAGGGUUGUAUUAAUAUGAUGCUUAGCUGCUGUUGAGUGUAAACUGGAGGGUUGUAUUAAUAUGAUGCCACUACUCAUCAUCACAGCAGGAGACUUCAUUGUAUUUAGCUGCUGUUGAGUGUAAACUGGAGCUUUGUAUUAAUAUGAUGCCAUUACUCAUUGUCACAAAAGGUGACUUGAAGCUUAUGUCUACACAUGUAUUUUAGAUAUGAGAUAUAAUUUAACACCAUUAGUGUUAUUGAACUUGAAAGGUCAAAUGCCAUGUUUACCAGGGGUAUUUCUUUGAGUUCUACAGAACAAAAUUUUGCACAUAGGGGGGAAAGGUUUGUUUAAUGUCUGUUCCUACCCUAACCCAAGAAAUCUAAGGGUGGAUUUUCAGUUGAGCUGUACAGUGCCACAAGGCUCUUUUGUUUUGUGUAAAGAGUAUUCUGUUAAAAGAUCCACCCAAAACUAUUAAGUAUACCAAUCUUGUGUUUUAUCAUUUUGAAAAAACAUUCUUGACAUCAUGAAUUUGAAUAGUGACAAAUAGGUCAAAGUAUUUUCAUGCCUUGACCUUACUGUCCAUUAUUAACUCUUCGUGCUUGACCUAUUUCCUCCAAAAUGUCUUCUGUAAAUUAUCAAAUAAAAUGAAUGCAAACAUUAAAUCCUGCACUAUAAAGAGGUUCAUAAGUCUGUUGGAAAUGAACCUUUACAAAUAACGAGAUCAUUGGUCAUCACUAGGUUCCUGUUUAUGUAUUUAAAGAAACACACACUCUUUUGGGGGGGGGGGGGGGGAGCAGUGUUGUUAUUGUACAUGUUUACAUUUGUGUAUGGGAAAAAAAUAUUUUGGCACAAAUAAUUUAUUCAGUUCUUUUGACGGAAGCAUUCGUGUGCAAUUUACAAUAUUCUUUUAUCAAUAAGGCUGACCAGUGACAUGACUGCAUGUUCACUGUUCUUGUUUGAUUAAUACAGGACAUAUUAUACAUCGUUUUUUUUAAAUAAAUGUGCAUUCUCAAAAAAAAAAA